AUGGCGUCCCUGCCGGUCAACAAUACUACAGGAAACGAAACCGGAGGUUCGCUGAAGGGUAAGCAGGCUUUGAAAUUUAUGCUCAACAAUCCCGAGUACUCCGACAUGACAGUAUUUGCGGGUGUUAGCCAGACGUCAUUCAAUCUCCAUCGUGCGGUGAUGUGUAUCGGGUCCGGAUUUCUCAAAGCUUGUUGCGAUUCUAGUAGCUUUCAAGAAGGAACUACCAAAGCCGUUUAUCUAGCAGAGAUCGAAUCGGAAGUGUUCCAAAAAAUCGUUUUGUGGCUAUACGAAGAAGAGUACGAAUAUACUUGGACGAACGGGAACGAAGAUCUCAAACUAAUCCAAGCCGCCGACCUCCUCAAAAUCGAAGGCUUCCGUGCCGAUAUUCUCUACAAAUUUUCUUUGAAGUUGAGAUACCAAGUAGGCACGUUAGGGGUCCAAUCGAAAGCUGCAGAGGAGCUUUUGCGAAACUUUGUCAAGAUUUGCCAUUUUUGCGAGGAAACCAAUAUUAAGGCUUUGAUAUACAUUAUGAGGAAGUUGCUUCCGUAUGUUAAGGUGACGCCGAAGAUGGUUUUGGCUGGGUUGACGGAUGGCAGUUUUGGGAAGAUUUUUAUGGCGGCUUUGGUGGGUGCUCAGAGCGAGGUUGGGUGCUCUGAGUGUGGAGGGAAGAUAAUUGGAAGUGGAGGGAAGAGAAAACGAAUUUAG